AUGGAGUUCAAUCCAGAGCACGUGGACGUUGGGAACAUGGGAAGGAGGAGCAUAGAAGUAUUCAGGUUCUGCGAAUGCAUGAAAAACCAAGCAGCCAAGGACAAUGUAACAGCCGUUGAUGGAUGUCUAGAGUUCAUGCCUUCAGGAGACGCUGGGACCAUGGAAGCAUUGAUUUGCGCCGCAUGCAGUUGCCAUCGAAACUUUCACCGACGAGAGCGAGUGGAAAACCUGGCUGCGUUUCAGCCACCCGUGAGGAGACAGUACUGUUGUCAUCACGGCCAUACUGGAUGCCCGUACAUGACACCGCCUCAACACCACCACCCGCGUCCUCAACCAUCUGCCAGGAGAGACAAUGUGUCUGACCCUAGCUCUAGCGGUGGCAAGCGAUUCCGAACAAAGUUCACUCAGGAUCAGAAGGAUCGGAUGUUGGCUUUCGCACAGGGGUUAGGGUGGCACAUUAAGAAGGAGAACGAGGCGGAUGUUCAACAGUUCUGCGCAGACAUGGGCAUCAGCAAGAAAGUUUUCAAGGUCUGGAUGCACAACAACAAGCACACUUUGGGUAAAGUGAUCUAG